AUGGCAACCGUGGUCAGACAAGUGAAGAGGUUCCAACGCUCAGACUGGUACACUGAUGCCUACACACAAGCCACCAGUGCUGACAACCAGAGGACAGCAGCAUUCGAUGUUUGCCAGGAGGCCAGAUUUCUGCGCAAUGAAACCGACUGCCAGACCAAAUGGGACCAGUACUCCACAGAGGUGAGGCUAGCAGAUCGGGUCAACAACCUGCGCAGGUGGAAGGAUCUCCUAGAGCGCAACCUGAGGCAGCUGGACCAGGAGAUCGCUGACUUGUCUGAGGCCAAAGAGACCGCCGAGGGGGUUCUGGAGAAUCUGAACUUGCGAACGGAUGUUGCUGUCGAAUGUUUAACUCUCCGCGAAGGUCGCAGGAAGAUUGAAGUGGUGGCUGAUGAGCCGGAGAAUGAGCUUUACAAGGAAUUUGAACUGAUUGAAAGCUGGAGAAAAAACGUACAACAGAGAAUCGCUGAGGCGUUUGGGCAGUUAUGUUUGCUUCAGGAGGCACGGCAGCAGGUCCAGUCAGAUUUGGAGGACAAGACCAUCGCUAUGGGGAUUGACAUAGACCAGUACAAUCUGUCAGACCGCUCGCCGGGCAUCACUUUCAAGCCGGACCCUUUGCGUGUUCCCAAGGGCAGCACCAGCAUCCUGGAGUGGGAUGAACGGAGUCGUUUCACCAAAGAGAAGGCCGAGUCGGAGCUGGCAGCGUCCAGCAAACUAAGGCUUGAGCUGUAUCAUACACUUCAACAGACAGCAAAUGAGUUGGACGCCCAGAAACAAGCAACAGAGUACGCCUUCAGGAAAAGAAUGCACAUCUGUAAACGUGCUAAGGAUGAACUGGAAUAUCAGAAAGCCACGAUAAUAAAAGAGGUGACAGAACAUCAGAGUGAGCUUCGGGGCUUGGAGGAGAGCAUCAGGAAGAGAAACCGAUCCACCAUGAAGGCAGAGACCCGGAUGGAGAACCGAACUUAUCGGCCCAAUAAAGAGAUGUGUUUUGAUGCAGCCCACUACGGUCUGGUGGACGAGGUCAAGCAGCUGCGUGCCACCACCGUGUCGCUGGAGGAGAAGCUGCAGCAGGCACACAACGCCCUCGACGCCCUGGCUAGAAACAUGGAUCGUCUCAACGACCAGAUUUCCUUGAAGAAUCAAACCUUACGUCUGGACCAGCAGUGCUUGGACAUCCGGCAGAAACUCAACCCUCCCGCCCAGAAGGGGAUCGAGAACAACCUGAUCCUGACAGGAAUCGAGAGGAUGAAGUCGGCUGUCCUGGCCUAG